UCCAAGUUGCUCUAUAUACUUUACCAAAUCCACCUUCUGAAAUAUACUUAGGGUUAAUAAAUCUAUCAUAAGGUAUCCAUUCUAACUUUUGAAAACAAUUUUCUGCCGAUAACUGAGUAUUUUGAAUGAACUUAUCAAUGUCAUCAUUACCACUAGUCCAAUUAUCAAAAUUUUGUUGAAAUCUUUUUGAAUUACAAGUUUUACACCAAUUAUUCCCCGUAUUUAUUUGUUUGCACUCCAAACAUAUUCCAUUUUUUUCCUCGUGAUUUUUUAAAAGACAAGUCUCACAAAAUUUACUUCUUGAAUAAUCUACUUUUUUGCAUCGAACACACGCUCUAUGUCUUAUUUCUUCACCAAAUUGAUACAUGGCACAAAAAAUUAAAUUUCAAAUCUUUUUAUUUGGUAAAUUAUCUAUUGAUGAAAAUAACGACUUUUGUAUGCGACUAAUCUGUACCAUUUUUUCCAAAAUAAGCCUCAUAUUUAGCCGAGAUAGUUAUACAUAUAUAUAUAUAGAGCAAAAACGAACCAUAGACAAUCUUUUUGAGAUUAAUUGAAAGCUCAC